UAUCGUUGUCUAUAGUCUGCGAUUGUCAUUUUCGUCGACCAAAUUUCUUUAGGAAUAAUUUGGUCGAUUACAAAAUAAUAAUGGGUUUCGGCGACUAUCCUAAAGAAUAUAACCCGGCUGUGCACGGGCCUUACGACCCUGCUCGUUACUACGGAAAGCCUGACACUCCGUUCGGCCAGCUGAAACUGAGCGAAAUCGGAGCAUGGCUGGGUCGCAGGAACAAGACUCCCUCGGCCUUCAUGGGCGCUUGCAGCCGAGCCUGGUGGAGCUGGCAGCACAAGUACAUGCAGCCUAAGAGGAUGACUGCCGCACCCUUCUUCCAGCUUGUGGUGGCCAACAUGAUCUUCUUCUACACUAUCAACUACGGAAAGAUGAAGCACCACAGGAACUACAAGUACCACUAAAGAUUGUCAUCGGAACAAGCCAUCAGCAGAUAGUAAUACUGUAUUUAUGUUUAUGUAUGGGUAUUGGAUAACAUCUGCUAAAAUCACGAUUGUAUUGUAAGGGAAAGUGAAUUCUACAGUUACUGCAAUAAAGUUAUUAGAGUGAACACAA